AUGGAGACGGCACGCUGCCUGGUGCGGGCGGCGCCGGCGGUGCAGCCCACCCUGUCGCUUCUCACCCGCAAUGGUCUGUUGCUGUCGGGCCUCUGCGCCGACCUGGUGGCGCACCUGCCGCUGACCCAAGAGCAGUGGCAGUCGAUUCCUGCGCCCUGCCCCGACCUGGCGCGCGCUCUGCCUGCCGUCCAGGACCGAUCGGCCGCCGAGGCUGGCUGGCUGGUGGGGCGGCUGGCGGAAGACCAGCGUGCGCUGCUGCAGACCGCGACGCUCAGCCUGGGACGGGCGCAGCAGCAGGGCCAGCGCAGCAUGCCGGCAGAGCUGAUGCAGCGCAUCCUGGCGCUGUGCCUGCUGGACUCCUGA